GCUCAUAGCCUCCUGAACGGCCGAAACAGAAACACCGCCCGCCUGCCUGCCUCCUGCUCCUUCGGAUCAAACGCACCUACACAUUAGAGACCGAUCAGAGUCCAGGAUGGAGACGCUGCAGAUUUUCCUCCAGCUGAGUGUUUUGAUCUUCAUGGUUUCUGCUCAGCAGGUGGAUGAACCCGUCACCUACUCAUGCACGGAGGGCUACGAGUUCAACGUGGAAGAUCAAGAAUGUAAAGACGUCAAUGAGUGUGACACGCUGCCUGACGCCUGUAAAGGGGGGAUGGGCUGCAUCAACCACUACGGAGGUUAUUUCUGUCUGCCGCAGAACGCUCAGAUCAUCAUCAGCAACGGAGAGGAAGAACCUGCCCCCACCACCACCACCCGCCCCCCGCCUCCACACUUCAUCCCCCUCCCUGCUGCACCCAGUUAUGGCACCGCCAACUUAGCCAUCAGCCAGGCCGGCCACCAGGCCGGCAACCAGGCCGGCAACCAGGCCGGCAACCAGGCCAGGCUGACCUCUGUCCAGUGUCCAGUCGGAUUCACCGCAGACGAGUUCAACUUCUGCAGAGAUGUAAACGAAUGUGUUCCCAACAGCCCCUGCCAACAUCUGUGCUACAACCUGCCAGGAUCCUUCAUGUGUCAGUGUAAUCAGGGCUACGAGCUGACUCCAGACCAGCUCAGCUGCCACGACGUGGACGAGUGCCUGCUGUCCGCCUACAUGUGUCAGUGGCAGUGUGUGAACCAGCCCGGCUCAUACAGCUGCAUCUGUCCUGAAGGAUACCAGCUGCAGGGAACUCGCAUGUGCCAAGACAUUAACGAGUGUGAAACUGGGGCAAACUGCCGUGAGGACCAGAUGUGUUGGAACUACUUUGGAGGUUACCGCUGCUAUCCCAGAAACCCCUGCCAGGAGCCCUAUGUCCAGACCGGAGAGGGGCGCUGCAGCUGUCAGUCUCUAAGCGCGUGCAGAGGACUCCCUCCCUCCAUCGUCUAUAAGUACAUGAGCAUCACGUCGGAGCGCUCGGUGCCAGCCGACAUCUUCCAGAUCCAGGCCACCAGCGUCUUCCCCAACAUGCACAACACCUUCAGGAUCAAAGCUGGCAACGAGGACGGACAGUUCUUCCUCAGGCGAUCCAGUAAUGUGAACGCCAUGCUGGUGAUGACUCGUCCUCUGAUUGGUCCCAGAGAGCACGUCCUGGACCUGGAGAUGGUGACGCAGAACUCAGCUCUCAGUUAUCGCUCCAGCUCUCUGCUCCGCCUCACCGUCAUCGUGGGGCCGUACGUCUUCUAGAAGCCGUCAGUGACGAACAUGUAUCUCAUAUAACAUUUAACUAAAACCAGAAUUUUCCAGGAAAAGUGGCUCAAAAUCUAAAUCUAAACAUUUAGGCCCCGCCUCCACCUGACAGGUGUCUCCUAUCAGAUCAAAUCCUGAUUAUUUCCAGCACGUCCUCACCUUUUAUAUUCAUAAUAUCAUCAAACAUGCAUCACAUGAUCUUAACAUGUAUUUAAAAUGGUUAUGAAAGUGACUUCCUGUUUGAGUCUAUUGAUCCUCACCACAGGUAAUCCAUACAUAAAUACGUCUACAUGCACCACACCACUGAAGGUGACUGUGGAGGUUCAGUCUUUGUGCUGCAGUCGAUCAUCUUUUCUCUGAGACGUAUUUAAAAUCAGAGCUGGAACUGCAAUGACCUGCAGUGACCUAUACUGACCUGCAGUGACCUAUACUGACCUGCAGAGACCUGCAGAGACCUGCAGAGACCUGCAGUGACCUACAGUGACCUUCAGUGACCUGCAAUGACCUUCAGUGACCUUAAGUGACCUACCGUGAUCUGCAGCAGUGACCUGCAGUAACUCCUGAUGAAUGAAUAAAUGAGGGCUCUGUGUCCCUGUGCCGUAGCUUGUACUUUAUUAAAUAAAACAUGUUUAAGGAAGCAGAGUUGGUUGAGUGCUAACAUGCUAACAUGGAUAUGCUAACAGGUCAUCUCUGGUGAUGAACCCCAUGUAACAUCCGAAUAACAUCAAAUAUAAUUAAAUAACAAAAGAGGAAGGAAUCCUCUGACCCCUGACCUCUGACCCCUGACCCCUCUGACACUUGAGCUCCAUAUAAACAACAUUUCAUGUUUUCCUCUGGUCUCUUCUUGUGUGUUUAACUAAAUAAAUCUGAGAUGAAGAA